GUCGGCGAAACGGCAACAAUGAGGACCACAGCGAAAAAGAAGAGACGAAGCACCUGCAUCAUGCUGCCAUCAUCAUCCUCAUCGCCAUCAAGAAGAAGAACGAUGCCCCUCAUCCUUUUCCCCCUGCUUCUCCUCGUCCUGCCCCUCACUGCGCACUUUGCCGGCUUUGUUGCUGCGACGGAGCAGUGGCGACGGGAGGGCGCACUGGGUCCUGCAGAAAAAAUUGUGCCACGCGAUGUCGUGCCGGCCAGUCUUGACCGCCAGUCGUGGGAGGCUGUUCCAACUGAUUUGCCGCAGCAGUACUUUGUGGAGCGCAAAGUCACCAACGACGGAGGCCUGCUGUUUGUGUUCAGCAACGAGAAUGAGAGUGACGAUGGCCUACCACCGUGCGACGUGUCCGCAGUUCUCAGCUACCGCGAGCGGUUGGACCCUAUUCAUCAGAUUUUGCUGACCAGGGUCAGGCAGAAGGGCGUUUGCCAUUUCCACCUCGUGGUUGUGCUGUGGGACGUUGCAUGGGCAUAUCACCAGAUUGAGGAGUAUGGACGGUUGCUGGAGACACGUUCGCGGACGACGCUACUGAUCCACCGUGGAUCGUUGACAUGCUACCUGUGCCUGCGCAACAUGGCGUUGCCGUACAUAUCGUCCUCCAAGUACACUCUGUGGGCAGACCACGGCACCCUAUGGAAAGACGACAUGAUGGAACAGCUCCUGAAGAUUGCCAAGACCGAUCCCAGCAAGCCCGUCGUUGUUGCGCCGCAUGUGUUUGAGUUUGACAACACAGACGGUCAUAUCACGGGCUGGGGUCAUGGUCCGAGGGCUGAAACUGGACACUCCCAUCACCCUUACGACUUCUUGCAGCUGUUUGACAGUGGCGAACAGCACCCCGUCUCCGUCAAGACCGCAACCCGCUUCACAAGUCCGCCCUGGGCAAAGGAAAACGCAGACCUUACCCCGACCGACGUCACACAACCGCACGUGUUCCUCACCACCAACGAGUACUUUCUGCAAAUCAUGCCGCAUUAUGAGCCGAGUGGACAUGCGCGCCUGCAUUACGGCAUGAACAUGCCGCUGCUGCGCAAGUUUGGUCGCCGGCGACAGCUCGUGUACAUGCGCGCAGAGGGCGUCUACCCAUUGCCAACGUCGAGCGCAGAGGCGAGCGACUUCCUCACAUUCACGUGGAAAUGGGAGCCCAUGUCCAACAUCCAGAGUACGCACUACACAAACGCAUUCAACGGGUUUCUCGACCUCGAUUUCAGGUGCAUUCACAGCGACGAGCAGCACCGCCUGCAAAAGAUGGCCAUGCUGGAGCGCGUGCCAAGCGCCCGCGAGACGCACACUGCCCUGAUCAUCGCACAGCUCUCCCUUGGGUACUGGCACCAGUUCUGCUUUGUUGACGGCGCUGAUGCUGGGCGCGCCACACACCCCAUGCUGCUGCCGGCCGGCGCACACGGGUUCACGUGCGACCGCUGGUACACCAUGGCGGAGGCGGUGGGCAUGCUUCCCUUUGUGCCAAGCGCAGGCAUCGUCUUCCGCAGCGAUUUCAGCGUGCUGCGCUCCGUGCCCUUCAACCUGACGGCGGCGGACGAGCUGCGGCAGCAGUGGGGCGCUGCGGUCAAGACCUUCCCGUGGUCGCGCGUGACGCCAAUGGCAGAGGGCACGGUCGAGACAAAGUGCCUGGAGCGGCGACACGCCAUUGCCGUCAUCUCCGGACUGAGCGAGAAGUUGCCGGCCCACAGGCGUCUCCUGCGGUGCUUGCAGCACGUGUCCUCGCUCGUCCUCGAAGAAGAGCAGACCGCAGGCAGCAGCGGCGGCCACAACAAGCAGGGCAAGGCCCUCGCCAAGCUGGCGCUGAAGCAGGGCGAGCCGCGGCUGCAGCUUUGGCUGCUGCUGAAGACACGCCCCCUGAAGAAGACACCGGUACCGCUUCGCCUGUUCGCCGAGGUGCUGGACGACGUCGUGGAGCGCGUGCGCAAGGCGGACCCGGGCGGCGCAGGCAGCACGCUCGGGCUGCGCUACCUGGCGGCAGACGGCGAUGCGGACGAGCAGUAUGUCCUCAGCAGAACGCACGUGCGCGUACGCAGCCUUCGCUACUACCGCAUCACGCUCGAGGAGCUCACAGACUUGCUGCGGCCGGAGUGGUAGUUGGUGUGUUGUGUUUGGAGAAAAGAAACGGGGCGGGAGUGGGGAUUUGCAUGUGUGGGAAUCGUGUUAUGUAUGUGUGUGGGUGUUGUUGAUAGACAGGUCGCUUUACUUGUGGGUCGGUGGGCGAGGGGGGGGGGG